CGCUCGCGCUGGCGUUCUCCUCCCGCCUCCGGCUAGCGAGCCUCGCGCCAAAUCGGGGGACGCGCGCGCGGGGCACGUAACAUGCGAGUGACGCAUAAUAUGUGGGCCGCUCUGGACCCGUGGUCGCGCUGUGUGUGAGUGAGGGAGAGUGAGUGCAGGACCUGAGGCGGUGUGUGUGAACUGUGGCCGCUGGCGGGGUCAGGGGGGAGCGGCGGAGCCGCCCGGGAAGGCCAAGCCAUGACUACAGUAGCGGUACAUGUGGACUCCAAAGCUGAGCUCACUACCCUGCUGGAGCAGUGGGAAAAGGAACAUGGCAGUGGGCAGGACAUGGUACCGAUCCUCACCAGGAUGUCUGAAUUGAUUGAAAAAGAAACUGAAGAAUAUCGUAAAGGGGACCCAGACCCAUUCGAUGAUCGACAUCCUGGUCGAGCUGAUCCAGAGUGUAUGCUGGGCCACUUGCUGAGAAUACUCUUCAAGAAUGAUGAUUUCAUGAAUGCACUGGUGAAUGCAUAUGUGAUGACAAGCCGAGAGCCCCCUUUGAACACUGCAGCUUGCAGACUUCUACUGGACAUCAUGCCAGGGCUGGAAACUGCUGUUGUUUUCCAAGAAAAGGAAGGAAUUGUUGAAAAUCUUUUCAAAUGGGCCCGAGAGGCUGAUCAGCCGUUGAGGACAUAUUCUACUGGAUUGUUGGGAGGCGCUAUGGAAAAUCAAGACAUUGCUGCCAACUACAGGGAUGAAAAUUCACAGCUGGUAGCAAUAGUACUUCGAAGACUACGGGAGCUACAGCUUCAAGAAGUGGGUUUGCGGCAAGAAAGCAAGCGGCCCAGCCCGCGGAAGCUCUCCUCUGAGCCCCUUCUGCCUCUGGAUGAGGAAGCUGUGGAUAUGGAUUAUGGCGACAUGGCUGUGGAUGUAGUGGAUGGAGAACAAGAGGAAGCCUCUGGAGACAUGGAGAUCUCCUUUCAUCUUGACUCAGGCCACAAGACCAGUAGUAGAGUGAACUCAGCAACCAAACCUGAGGAAGGAGGAUUGAGGAAGAACAAGUCAGCAAAACAGGCUGACAGAGAGAGCUUUAGGAAAGCCAAGCAAAAAUUGGGUUUCUCAUCAUCUGAUCCAGAUCGCAUGUUUGUUGAGCUGUCUAAUAGCAGCUGGUCAGAAAUGUCCCCCUGGGUGAUUGGCACCAAUUACACCCUUUAUCCUAUGACUCCUGCUAUUGAGCAACGACUUAUUCUGCAGUAUUUGACCCCUCUAGGAGAAUACCAGGAGUUACUUCCCAUAUUCAUGCAACUUGGAUCACGGGAGUUGAUGAUGUUCUAUAUUGAUCUGAAACAGACUAAUGAUGUCUUGCUUACGUUUGAGGCACUCAAGCACCUUGCAUCUCUCCUGCUCCAUAACAAGUUUGCCACAGAAUUUGUAGCACAUGGUGGAGUACAGAAAUUACUGGAAAUUCCUCGUCCUUCUAUGGCUGCAACUGGUGUAUCCAUGUGCUUGUAUUACCUGUCCUACAACCAGGAUGCCAUGGAAAGAGUUUGCAUGCAUCCCCACAAUGUUCUGUCUGAUGUGGUGAACUAUACCCUGUGGUUAAUGGAAUGUUCUCAUGCCUCGGGAUGCUGCCAUGCUACCAUGUUUUUCUCAAUCUGCUUCUCCUUCCGGGCCGUGUUGGAGCUCUUUGACCGCUAUGAUGGUCUCCGUCGUCUGGUGAACUUGAUCAGUACUUUGGAGAUUCUAAAUUUGGAAGAUCAGGGUGCACUUCUGAGUGAUGAUGAAAUAUUUGCUAGCCGCCAGACUGGGAAGCAUACCUGUAUGGCCUUGCGCAAGUACUUUGAGGCUCACCUGGCCAUUAAAUUAGAACAAGUAAAGCAGUCACUUCAGAGGACCGAAGGUGGCAUUCUUGUCCAUCCUCAACCCCCAUACAAGGCAUGUUCGUAUACUCAUGAACAGAUUGUGGAAAUGAUGGAGUUUUUGAUAGAAUAUGGCCCAGCACAGCUAUAUUGGGAACCAGCUGAAGUGUUCCUCAAGCUUUCUUGUGUCCAACUCUUGUUGCAGCUUAUUUCUAUUGCCUGCAAUUGGAAGACCUAUUAUGCAAGGAAUGACACUGUGCGCUUUGCUUUGGAUGUCCUGGCUAUUCUUACUGUUGUGCCAAAAAUCCAGCUGCAGUUGGCAGAAUCAGUGGACGUACUAGAUGAGGCUGGCUCCACAGUCUCCACUGUAGGUAUCAGCAUUAUUUUGGGAGUAGCGGAGGGCGAGUUCUUUAUCCAUGAUGCCGAAAUCCAGAAAUCAGCACUUCAGAUUAUCAUCAAUUGUGUGUGUGGCCCAGAUAACCGAAUUUCCAGUAUUGGCAAAUUUAUCUCUGGAACUCCUCGGAGGAAGCUGCCACAGACUCCGAAAAGUAGCGAGCACACCCUGGCCAAGAUGUGGAAUGUGGUCCAGUCCAACAACGGCAUCAAGGUGCUCCUCUCCUUACUGUCCAUCAAGAUGCCCAUCACAGAUGCAGACCAGAUCCGGGCCCUGGCGUGCAAGGCCCUGGUGGGCCUGUCUCGGAGUAGCACUGUUCGGCAGAUCAUCAGCAAACUGCCCCUUUUCAGCAGCUGCCAGAUCCAGCAGCUGAUGAAGGAGCCUGUGCUGCAGGACAAGCGCAGUGACCACGUCAAGUUCUGCAAGUAUGCGGCUGAGCUCAUUGAACGGGUGUCAGGAAAGCCCCUUCUCAUUGGCACUGAUGUGUCCCUGGCACGACUGCAGAAAGCAGAUGUUGUUGCCCAGUCAAGGAUCUCCUUCCCUGAGAAAGAGCUGCUUCUGUUGAUACGAAACCAUCUCAUUUCGAAAGGGCUUGGGGAGACAGCCACUGUGCUGACGAAAGAGGCUGACCUGCCCAUGACUGCUGCCUCCCAUUCUUCUGCCUUUACCCCAGUCACUGCUGCUGCUUCGCCUGUCUCUCUUCCCCGAACUCCUCGCAUCGCCAACGGCAUUGCAACUCGACUGGGCAGCCAUGUUGCUGUGGGUACCACUGCCCCUUCUGCCCCCACUGCCCAUCCUCAGCCACGGCCCCCCCAGGGUUCACUAGCUCUGCCUGGCCCAUCUUAUGCAGGCAACUCCCCUUUGAUUGGUAGGAUCAGUUUUAUCAGAGAGAGACCAUCACCCUGCAAUGGCAGGAAAAUCAGAGUGUUGCGGCAAAAAUCGGACCAUGGCGCCUACAGCCAAAGCCCAGCCAUAAAAAAGCAGCUGGACAGACAUCUUCCUUCCCCACCUACGCUGGACAGUAUCAUCACAGAAUAUCUUAGAGAGCAGCAUGCACGCUGCAAGAACCCGGUUGCCACCUGCCCACCUUUCUCUCUCUUUACUCCUCACCAAUGUCCUGAGCCAAAACAGAGGCGGCAAGCGCCAAUAAACUUUACCUCAAGGCUAACCCGCAGGGCGUCAUUUCCAAAGUAUGGCGGGGUGGAUGGCGGAUGCUUUGAUAGGCACCUUAUCUUUAGCAGGUUCCGUCCUAUUUCAGUGUUCCGGGAAGCCAACGAGGAUGAGAGUGGCUUCACCUGCUGUGCGUUCUCAGCCCGGGAGCGGUUCCUGAUGCUUGGCACCUGCACUGGGCAGUUGAAGCUCUACAAUGUGUUUAGUGGACAGGAGGAGGCCAGCUAUAACUGUCACAACUCAGCCAUCACACACCUUGAGCCUUCCAGGGACGGAUCCUUGCUGCUGACAUCUGCUACUUGGAGCCAGCCUUUGUCUGCACUUUGGGGAAUGAAAUCAGUAUUUGAUAUGAAGCAUUCCUUCACAGAAGAUCACUAUGUUGAGUUCAGUAAGCACUCUCAAGAUCGGGUCAUAGGCACAAAAGGAGAUAUUGCUCAUAUUUAUGAUAUUCAGACUGGCAACAAGCUGUUGACUCUGUUUAACCCAGAUCUUGCCAACAACUACAAGAGGAACUGUGCCACCUUUAAUCCUACAGAUGAUCUUGUCUUAAAUGAUGGCGUCCUCUGGGAUGUCCGCUCCGCACAGGCCAUCCACAAGUUUGACAAGUUCAACAUGAAUAUCAGUGGUGUUUUCCAUCCGAAUGGGCUGGAGGUCAUCAUUAAUACUGAGAUUUGGGACCUUCGCACUUUUCAUCUUUUACACACAGUUCCUGCUCUGGAUCAGUGUCGUGUGGUGUUCAACCACACGGGGACAGUGAUGUAUGGAGCUAUGUUGCAGGCAGAUGAUGAAGACGACUUAAUGGAAGAGAGGAUGAAAAGCCCUUUUGGGUCAUCCUUCCGCACAUUUAAUGCAACUGACUACAAACCGAUAGCGACCAUUGAUGUGAAGCGGAACAUCUUUGACCUGUGCACAGACACCAAAGACUGCUACCUUGCUGUCAUUGAGAACCAAAGCAGCAUGGAUGCUCUAAACAUGGACACCGUGUGCCGGCUGUAUGAAGUGGGCCGGCAGCGGCUGGCGGAGGAUGAGGAUGAAGAGGAAGACCAGAAGCGGAUGGAGGAGGAAGAGCAGGAGGAGGAAGAUGAUGAUGAGGAUGACGACGACACAGACGACCUGGACGAGCUGGACACUGACCAGCUGCUGGAGGCGGAGCUGGAGGAGGACGACAACAAUGAGAACGCGGGCGAGGACGGGGACAACGACUUUUCCCCCUCUGACGAGGAACUGGCGAACCUCCUGGAGGAGGGAGAGGACGGGGAGGAUGAAGACUCUGACGCAGACGAGGAGGUGGAGCUGAUCCUGGGGGACACCGACAGCGCGGACAGCUCUGAUCUGGAAGAUGACAUCAUCUUAUCUCUGAAUGAGUGAGGAGCCAUCACCACAUGGGAGAUUCUUGGCAGGCGAGAAACUGAGUCAGAUGCAUUCAGAACACCUUCCCUCCCCUUCCUCCCAGGGCUGUGCAUGGCCUGCGCUCAGAGGACUAGCUUAGAGUCUCACUGGGACCUGAGGGCCCUUCCCAACAAGAACCACCACAAAAAGACAACGGGUUAGGCCUCGUCUGCUUCCCCUUCUCCUAGGGGGGACAUAGCUCUCCUCAAGGAAAAGAAACAUGUCUCUGGGGUUAUUUCACAAUAUAUUUUCUUUGUAUAAUGUUCUUUACUUAAAGAACAAGAAAUAGUUUUUUAUAAAACUUAAAAAGAAAAAAAAAGCCAGGCAUUUAUAACCGAGGGUAUGAACUUGUAUCCACCAGGUCUUGUCCCUGCACUUCAUUUUCUAUGGAAGAAAAUGACAUCUAAAGAACAAUAGAGAGGCAUUUUUACAUACGUAUUUAAAUGAAAAGGAAAAUCGUGGUUUCUUAAAUUGAUAAGGAUUAAGAAUAUUUUAUUAUAAAUAUAAUAUAUGAUUUUUAACCUGUUUUCGUUGCCUCAUAUGCUGUCAGGUUAAUUUGCUUUCCUUUGUGCCAGAGCUUGUUCGCCGAGUAAAUGCCUCGCCCCGCGCAGCUUCGUGGCCUGGGGCAGCGAGGUCGGAGCGGGUGGGUUCUGUGGAGUUCAGGGAACGUAGGAUAUGAGUUCACUCCCUCUAUUUUUCUUUGUCAUUCAGUUUUUAAAAAAUCCUUUUUUUUCUUCUUUCUCCCCAAUGUGGAAAUUAUAAAUCAAAGGCCUUUUUCUUUAAUGUAAAGUGUAUUUAUUUAAAAAAAUACAAAAUAAACUACCAGUCUGUCUUUGUUGAUGGCCUCUCCCUGUCCUCUUUUACCAAAGUGGGAUCUGUCCCUUUCUUUGCAGCUCUAGCCAGGCAGUAGAGAAGACGCCUUCCGACAGGCAGUCCGGACGGUGGUGAGGACUCUGCCCAAAUAAAGCCCUCUGGGGAGCAGUGCUUAGCCCAGUGCCUGGCCCUGGCCUGCAGCCCCCCCGCGUCCCCCCCCCCCGGGACUGCCUGAGAGCCUGCCACAGGGGGCCGAGGGAGGCGUGCAGGGCAGUGGCCACUGUGGACACAUCUCUCUGCCCCCCGACUUCUGAAUCAAGAAGGCAGCUCUGGAUUACAGGUUUGGGGGAGUUGGAAAGUUAGGGGUCUGGGGACAUUUUGGGGGAAUGAACUGGCAAAGCUAAGGAGUUAAAGCAUGUGGCCAUACCUGUACUGUAGCUGGGUGACAGGACGUUUCCUGAAAGGCAGUGUCAUAGUGACUUGGUAGUUUAGGGGCAGCUGGGGCUUGGUCAGGCUAGUUCGCAGGUAUUUCACAGGCCCCUAAAACUGGCUUGUGGUUAAACCACGCUAAGGCGCUCUCACUCUCACACCCACCCCACCCCCCUUCCCACCGUAAAGGGGAGGCCCUCGUCCCUUUCUGCCUGUGAGUGAGUUUGCCCAAGUAAUAGCUUCUCGGUUUCUGUUAUGUGGGUACUACAUACAGCUAAAGACUUUCGUCCCUUACCUGAGACGAGAGGGGACACAUUUGGUUGUGAAGUAAACAAGCAGACAAGGCAGCUAGAACUCACCAGGGGCUGGGCCAGCCCCGCUGGGCUCCGGAGCACCAGUUUGUCACACACUGCAGUGGCCUGUGCCCACAGGUGCCGCGCGGUCCUCUGGGAGCAGAGGUCUCAGCU